CCGUAGCAGCGAUAAACAUUGACAAGCAGCUGUUUCUACAUGUUAAUGCUCACGUGGAGGAUUUCCCAGCGCAGUUCAGUGUUGAAGCAUCAGUCCUUUUCCAACACAAAACAACAUCAUGGAGCCUGUCAUCAAAAUAAACCCAGGAGCGUCGAAGUGGGACAUCCGCCAGAAAGUUUGGGACUUCAUAGAAGAAAAGAACCUAGCUAACUUUCCCAGGCCUGUUCACAACAGAAUCCCAAACUUUAAGGGGGCCUUCGGAGCCUGCGGCAAAGUGGCAGAAUUGCAGGCUUUCGCCCAGACAGCUGAGGUGAAAGUGGAUCCUGACAAACCUCUGGAGGGUGCUCGGUUUGCAGUGCUGCAGGCACAAAAAACUUUGUUGGUUCCAACUCCUCGUCUUCGCUCUGGUCUCUUCAAUAAGAUCACUCCCCCGCAGGGUGCCAACAAGGAGCAGCUGCGUGUUUGUUGUUCUUCUCAGGGUGUAAAGGACUUUAGUGUUCCUGUUGGCCUGGAUGCAACAGUGAAGGUGGACCUGGUGGUUGUUGGCUCUGUGGCAGUUUCUGAGAAAGGCUGCCGGAUUGGAAAGGGGGAGGGCUUUGCAGAUAUGGAGUGGGCCAUGAUGGCUUCCAUGGGAGCUGUGAAUGAAUCCACCGUGGUCGUCACUGUUGUCCAUGACUGCCAGGUGGUAGAUAUUCCAGAGGAGCUCAUGGGGAGUCAUGACCUAACAGUCGAUUACAUCCUCACUCCAACCAGAGUCAUUAAAACUGAAUGCAAGCUGCCCAAACCGCAGGGAAUCAUCUGGACUAAGCUGGAUGCAGAAAAGUUGGAGAAAAUUCCCAUCCUGAAGAAGCUGCGCGCUCUGGAGGAACAGGCUGGGAAGGAUGUGACUCUGGGAACACAGUCGCAUACUGCAGAGCCUGGUCUGCAAACUAAUCUACCAAAAAGACAACCACGACGGAGGCCAAGGCGGAACACACAACAGGAUACCGAGGGAGAAACCAGCCAGGAAUCCAGGCAGGAGAAAAAAGGAGAGGCAGAUCAGAAAGCCAGACAGCAGCCAGCUAGAGUCAGGAAAGAGAGCAGGGGAAGUGGCAAAGGAGAGGAGGAGGGAGAAGCUGGUAAAGUGGUGAAAGGCAGGAGCAGGAGGAGGAUGAAGGAGCAGGGCCCAGAGGAAGGUGGAGGUGAAACAGUGAGCCAAAGGAAGCUCCCUCAAAGUGUCACCACUGUUUACCUGGGAGGAAUCCCUGCCGGCCUGCGCGUCAGCGAGCUGAAAGUGGCCCUCAGGGAGAGGAAGGCUGCUCCGCUGAGGCUCACCUGGCAGGGGGCCCAGCACAGAGCCUUCCUGGACUACAGUGACCCUCAGGUGGCAGACCAGGCCCUGGAGGCGCUGCAGGGUCUCUGUCUGAACGGUCACAGCCUGCAGGCCGAGCCUGCCAAGAGCCAGCGGGGACACAAGAGGUCCGGACAGAGACAAAAACCAUCAGUGGCCGCAGAGUCCAAAACGCCCCCGACAGGUUCUAAAAGUGACACCGCCAAGGAGGCGGAGAACUAACAGCAACAGGCAGCGCUAUGUUUGCGUUAAUGCACGUUUAAUCCCCUUAGAAGUGUUUAGCUGCUUCAUUUGUAGCAUUUCAGAUGGAAUCUGUUACAUGAAGUCAAUGUUCUUAGUUAUAUUAAAGCAAAAGAAGGACCUGAAGGAGUGAGGAAAUUAAAUUUGGUGUCAGUAUUAAAUAUUACAUGAAAUACAUUUGUUGUAAAGUUUUGAGGCGAAAAAUAUCUUUAAAAAUGUCCAGAUGUGCCUUCGUCUGUUCACACCUAACUCUUAUUACGUUUGGAUGAUCUUCCUCCCUGAAGGUUCAUUUCUUACUGCAGGUCAUCUUGUUUCUACAAUUCUUUUUUUUUUUUUUUUUCCGAUUGAAAGACAUCAGAUUUUUAAAGUUGUUUUCAUAUUUGGUUGGUAAUAAUAUAUAAAUUAAAAAUUAAAAAUGUGUGCAAGGAAACCACCAUCUAGUAGACUAAGAAAUACAAAUGCUAUAUUGGGCACAUUAGACCAGACUAACAUAAAAAAAAGCAAAUGUAAAAUUAGCAUAGAGGCUACAUCUUUAGUUCAUUUCAUUUCUUACUAGUUUUUACUGUCUGGUUUUUGGGGGUUUUCUUUACCAAAUAAAAUAUUAAGUAAUAUUUUAUUAUUCAAUAUUCCAUUGGAAACCACGGACACCAUGUGUGUUCUUCUAGACAAACUUGGAAAGUCAACCAUUUUUUUUUCUAUAUUUGCUACAAUUUGCUAACAGUGAUUAUAGUCCUAAUCUGGCUUUAUUUAUUUUCACUCAUUUGUGGGAUUUAACCCCCCCCCCAAAAAAUCCAAGUUUUGAAGUUGGAGUUUAAGACACACGUUGAGGCAGAAUUGUUUGCUUCUUUUACAUGUUUGUUAUGGAUAUUUUUGAACUGAUAUUAAUUCUUUAAACUUUUUUUUUUACUGUGACUUAAACGAUCCUCUCUGUUUAAACUGUUUAACUCUAUUAAAGCAUUUAGUC